CCCCCCCCCCCCCCACCACCACCACCACCCUACACCCAUGUUGUCUUGACUUGCUCGCGAUUGGUGUGGGCAAGUCUGCUCAUUGCGUUUCUGUGCCGCACACCCGGGAAACAUCAGCUGAGUCGCCGAUCUGAACUCCCGCCAGUAACCUGGCGAAAGCUCCGACUUGGACCCGUGCCUGGCGUUAACCAUGUUUGAAGAAACCACGACGAACUUUAGUUAAGGAGUUCGCAAGCGCUUGAGCGCGGUUUGCAGAGUUGCAACGGGUUGGCGCUGACCAUGGUGCUGAAACUAUCCCUGUCUCUGGAAGAUGUCUGGCCCAGAACCAGUCGCACCUGUAGAUCCGGACAGACUGAAUGCCCCUUUCCACACCAAAAGGUUUGUCUCAAUACUUGCAGCGGAAGGAUGGUUAUAAAAAGAGUAGGAAGCUGCAAGCAGCUUUGCAUUGACAUGCUGACCCUGUGGCUGCUCCUCAUACCGGCCACCCUGUGCGUUCAAGAGCCAGAGGUGGGGAAGAGAGUCCUGCUCUCCAUGAAUUCGGUUCAACGCUCGGUGGCGCGAAUGGACGGCGACGUGAUCAUAGGGGCUCUGUUCUCAGUGCACCACCAGCCGCCGGCGGAGAAAGUCCCCGAGAGGAAAUGCGGGGAAAUUCGCGAGCAGUAUGGGAUCCAGAGGGUGGAAGCUAUGUUCCACACCCUGGACCAAAUCAACGCCAAUCACAACCUGCUGCCGAACAUCACCCUGGGCUGCGAGAUCCGCGAUUCCUGCUGGCACUCGUCCGUGGCUCUGGAGCAGAGCAUCGAGUUCAUUCGAGAUUCCCUCAUCUCCAUGAGGAACGAGAGGGAUGGACUGACGCAAUGUCUUGAAGGACCGGGCUCAGAGACCAAGACGCCCAUAGCUGGGGUCAUCGGACCAGGCUCCAGCUCGGUCGCCAUCCAGGUCCAGAACCUUCUGCAACUUUUCAACAUUCCCCAGAUCGCCUACUCGGCCACAAGCAUCGACCUGAGCGACAAGACCCUCUUUCAGUAUUUCCUGCGGGUUGUACCCUCCGACACUCUCCAAGCCAGGGCCAUGCUGGACAUUGUGCAGCGGUACAACUGGACCUAUGUGUCUGCUGUUCACACUGAAGGAAACUAUGGAGAGAGUGGGAUGGAGGCCUUCAAGGAGUUAGCUUCUCAGGAAGGAAUAUGCAUUGCACACUCAGGUAAAAUCUACAGCAAUGCUGGAGAGAAAACCUUUGACAGACUCCUGAGAAAAUUAAGGGAAAGACUGCCUAAAGCAAGAGUUGUCGUCUGCUUCUGUGAGGGGAUGACAGUGAGAGGCCUGCUCAUGGCGAUGCGAAGACUUGGUGUACUGGGCGAGUUUCUACUGAUUGGCAGUUUAGAUAUGCUCGGUGGUCAAAGGGCAGUGGCUAAUCUGCGGCGGCGAAUCUGCUGUGGUGAAUGGUCCCAUCCUGACGAAACUCUGUUCUUUACAGAGUUAAAUGGAUUCAAGGUGGAGCGUAAAUUAGUUGAGCUGGGAGUGCACAUCUAUCGUGGUUCUAAUUUACUGUCAAUUAUUGACAGCCACAAAACCUUCACCAUCAUGAGGACUUCUUCCGGCUUUGUUCCAAAGUGGCUCUAUGGUGCUUAUCCAUUGUCUAAUCCAUUCAAACUGUAUGGCUUCUACUUGCGCUACUCUGUCAGCAAAGACAAUUAUUGCAAGAUCUCCACUAUUUUUGGCUUUUUUAGUGGAUGCAAGAGUCACUCCUAG